AUGUUGAGAGGCACAAGAACAUCGCAUCGCUCUUCUGAUCUCCGAGUUUUCACACAUCACAGCAGAAAAAGGUGUCGGUUCUCAACCUCUGCCUCGGAGCCAGAUGAAUACGAUGUUGUCAUUGUUGAAGGUGGACCUGCUGGGUUGGCGCUAGCCAGUGCUCUAGGGUGUAAGCAGGCCCUUCGUGAAAUGCUUCGAAUUGCUCUCGUUGAAGCCAUUGACUUGUCAAAAGUGCAUGAUUGGCCGACUUCACCGAAUACCUUUUCUAGUCGCGUCGCUAACGAAUGUGUCCCGGGCAUUCCUCAAAGGAUAAAUUUUCUGUGCAUCGGAAAUAGGCUUCAAGCUGCAACACACUGA